UAUCUAUCGGUGCAAUUUGUUGAUCAUAUUUUGUGAUUGAUCUCUAGUUUUCAUUAACUAUUGUUUCAGUCGAUGUGCUCAAAUACGGCUCGUUCAUAAGAUGGCGGCCGUAUUUAUUCAUUCCUACCUUUACUUCCAGUGUACCGUGGUUGUAAGGUAGAUUCGAAACGAAAGUUUCUUCGGUCGUGCAUACUUUAUUUUUUGUGUUUGUAUCAUUAUCAAAAGCCUUUUCUCGGAAAACAGAACAUUGAACAGAGAGUUCUACUGCCGUUAACCAUGGCGUCUACGCCUCCCCCUAAAAAAGGGAAAACCAAACCAAUUAUAUCAACAUACGUGCAAGAGACACCUACUGUUGCUCUUCAAGUCAAUACCAAUGUCGAAGAAGACCAGGACGGGGGAGUGACUUAUUUUGUGGACGAAGAAGGAAGAUACUACUACCAGCCAGCUGGUGAUAACCAGAGCAUUGUUUCAUUGCCUACUGCUGUGACUGAAGAGCCUGAGAACAUAGCAGAGGAUGAACAAAUGUUGGUCGAUGCUGAUAGCUACCAAACAGUUACUUUGGUGCCAUCGGAGAGCAGCAAUGGUGAAGUUAGCUAUGUGCUUGUUGUACAAGAAGACAACAAACCUGAUGUCAAUAUUGACAUAAAGGUUGAUCAGGAAAAACUGAAUGCGGAGGAAGAGGAGGAGAAAGGAAAUGACGAUGUAUACAACUUUGAGGAUGAAGAGACAAACGGUGAGGGCACCGACGAAGGUAACGAUGACAACGCUGGAGGCGCGAAGCCUGCAGGUUCAUCCAAGAGGAAGUACGUGCGUCCUCACUUCACCUGCACAUUCUGUGCCUACACCAGUCACAGGCGCUAUUUGCUGUUGCGCCACAUGAGGACGCACUCGGAGGACCGUCCUCACAAAUGCACGGUCUGCGAGCGGGGCUUCAAGACCACUGCCUCCCUGCAGAACCACUUGAACAUGCAUAAUGGCUUCAAGCCACACAUCUGCAAGUAUUGCAACAAUCCGUUCACCACUUCUGGUGAGCUGGUGCGACAUGUGCGUUACAAGCACACCCACGAGAAGCCCCACAAGUGCACUGAGUGCAACUACGCUUCUGUGGAGCUGUCCAAACUGCGACGCCAUGUCCGCUGCCACACUGGCGAGCGACCCUAUCAGUGCCCGAACUGCACGUACGCGUCCCCGGACACGUUCAAGCUGAAGCGCCACCUGCGCACGCACACGGGCGAAAAGCCGUACAAGUGCGAGCACUGCAACAUGUGCUUCACGCAGUCCAACUCGCUCAAGGCGCACAAGCUCAUCCACAAUGUGUCCGAGAAACCGGUGUACGCUUGCGAGCUGUGCCCGGCCAAGUGCGGUCGCAAGACCGACCUGCGAAUACACGUGCAGAAGCUGCACACGUCUGACAAGCCGCUGAAGUGCAAGCGCUGCGGCAAGUCGUUCCCCGACCGAUAUUCUUGCAAGAUUCACAACAAGACACAUGAGGGCGAGAAGUGUUUCAAGUGCGAGCUUUGCCCCUACGCUUCGACGACUAUGCGCCACCUCAAGUCUCACAUGUUCAAGCACACUGAUGAGAAGCCAUUCGACUGCGAUGAAUGCGACCAGUCCUUCAGGCAAAAGCAACUGCUGAGGCGGCACCAGAACCUCUACCAUAACCCGAACUACGUGCCGAAGCCGCCCAAAGAGAAGACACACACGUGCCACGAGUGCCAACGCAGUUUCGCCCACAAGGGCAACCUGAUCCGGCACCUAGCCGUGCACGAUCCCGAUUCGGGACACCAGGAGAGGGCCCUGGCUCUGAAACUCGGCCGCCAGCGGAAAGUCAAAUACGUCGACAACCUGGAGGAUUUGCAAACCGAGGAUAUGCAGGAGGACGAAGAGCAGGAAGACGGCGCGAACAUCGUGCGGCUGAGCUCCAACGACCUGCGGCGCGGCGAACUGGUCUCGGUGGAGGACGACAACCAGCAGUACGUCGUGCUUGAGGUCAUCCAGCUGGAAGACGGCACCGAGCAUCAAGUGGCUGUGGUGCCACCAGAGUUCAUCUAUGAACAAGAAGACGAAGAGGAGGAUGAUGACGACGAGGGGCCCGUUAUGCCGAGGAAGCUGUACAAGGACCGGCUGAAGAAGGGCAUCCAGCCGGCCCGCGAGGUCCCCAAGAGCAUCAAGCUCGAGAACGACGUUGAGACCUGCUUCGGCUUUGACGAAGAAGAUGAACCCGAGGAAGAAGUUAAUUUUGACGAAAAGGUAGUGCUGCGUAUUGUCCAGUAAAUUGGUUCGGAUAACGUCGUGGAUCUUCUUUAUUUAAAGAUACACGACACGUGUCGGUAUUAAAAUUACAUUACUUUGGUUCCUGAUUACCUGAUUAGUUAUGGCACGAUUAUUGCCUUGAAGGCGCUAAUUUUACAAACUGGAUAUGUCGUGAUGUCAUCAUGAUACGUCAAUGGUUAUAAUGAUAACCCAAUGCGUAGAAGUAGACUGCUAUAUAAACAGUAGACUCCUUGGUUUAGAAGAAUGUCUUAUUUGUGUAACACGAGACAGACUUUUCUCUUAGAGAAAUAAAGACACAUCAUAUAUUUUUGCACAGAUAAGUAGUGGCUGGUACAUCACCGGUCUGUGUAGAUUAGAGCGAGUAACAAAUUGAUACGGCGGUAUGAAAGCUACAUUAAGCUAUGUAUCAAAGAUACUGAAAUAUGGGUGGAUUCUCAGCGGACUGAGAUGAUAGGUAGAUUAAACGUGCAAUUCAUGAUAUAAUAAACGUCACAUCACAACAGCACAAGUUACUUAAUUAAGCCAAUAUUGUUUAUUUGGUUUUAUAACCAUAAAAAUUGGUCUAAUUGAUCCCAGAGGUGAGCCCAAAGUGAGGUCUAUUUUCAAGUCACAUUUAUGGUAUAUGUUAAUCAUUUAUUUAGAAAUAAAAUUUUUUUUUUCUUUAAGGAUAUUUAUUGGGCUUUCAAAUAACACCAAUAUUGUUGGGGUACCAUGAUUGUGUCAGAAGAAAAUCUUUAAAGUUCGCGUCGCGGAAGGUGCGGUUUAUUUGAUGUUGAGUGUAGAUGAAUAUUUAUAACGAUAUGUGACAAACUCUAUUUUACGCGGGCAAAAGCUACUUUAGAAAAAGUUGAAAUGUGUGGUAGGUUGCUCUGGUCGUUGAACCUUUAACGCCCCCAGACCCGACCGCGUUUUCAUCCGCCGUUGCCUCGCCCCCAAAUACUUUUCUAUUAUUAUGUUUUACAUGAAGUCGACUAGAUCAAGCCUUUCCUUCUUAUUUAAGUACACGUAAAAUACGAAUAUAGGCCGUAAAUAAUAUUAUUGAUGGCGAGUGAAGGUUUAAACUAGCUCUCUUGAAAGAUGUUAUUUUAUCCUUGUAAAAUUAAAUGUUAGAAUACUAUUUUGUCUCUUCAUUACCGUGAAAGCAACUUUAGAAAGUAAACUACAAAUAACUAUCAUAGAUAAGUCGAUGUUGAAUGUAUUGUUAUAGUAUGAUGUCUUGAAUGAUAAUAAAUUAAGUCUCAUUUUAACUUCACCUGUUUAUAAAGCAAGACGACUAUAAUAAAUGUCGCCUACAACUAUGAUGAAAAUGUAGUGUCAGCGCCUUUCAUACUUAAUUAAUGGUGUAUUAUGGUAAUCAUAACAGAACGUACAUAUUUAUAUGUAUUAAUAACUGUAUGUCUAUAUAUUUGCCAAUAAUUAAAUUAAUGUAGUACAUCUCAUUAUUAUUCUAUUUAUUACUAUAUGAUAGCAAAAUAAACUAUUUUAUCAGUUGUAAAUUAUAAGAUGUGGUCUUAUAAUUAAAAUUGAAAUUCUCGUAGGAAUUGUCAUCGGCGAAACGAUUAUUCGGAAUUUUAAUAGUCGGAUAAACACGAGUGGUAUAAUGUAACACUCCAUUCUAUACAUAUGUUAAAUUUACGUAUUGUAUAUAUUGCCAAAAUAACCUGGAAACUUUCUAUAUAUGGGGCAUUUAAUUAAACAAAAUAGUGGUGUAUUUUGCGCUUUAUUCUAGGUAUAAUUAUUUACUAUUCGUAGAUUUAAAUAUUAUGUAGUUUCGUUGAUAAUGUGUACAUACGAAAUUCACUUGGUCAAAUAACGGUAUCGCACAACUAUCUUACGAAAUAGUUCAAAUAUGUAUUACAUAUUCAAAAGAUUUGGAUACUACUUUAUCCAUCCAAAUAUCUUCUAAUCCUACUGGGUACAGUAUGUAUUGGCAAUUUUUAAAAUAUUAUUCUACCCAAUAAUUAAAAAGCAUUAUUCAUUACUCUGUAUUUAUGUCCCUUCAUAGUUCUAAGUGAGAAAUAUACUGUUGUUUUGUAUUAAUGUCUGAGAACCUGAUUCACUGUAAAUAUUUGUAUUGAAUAUAAUAUUGUAACUUUUGGGUAAUUCGCUCCAGACCACAUAACAUACAUCUGGGUGCCGAAUCCAACACCACAACAAUUAAUUGUUUGUGUGAUGCCCACGAGAUUUUGUAUUUCGUUCAUAAAGUACAAUCAUAGUGCUUAGUUUGAUACUAAUGAUAUGGUGAGUUAUACCUAUUUAUUUACAUUCGUCUAAGAACGAAUUUUACCAUUUUAAAGUGCGUUAGGUUUUAAGGCAUUAAAUUAGAUCUUAGCCAAUAUGACUUUUUAAAUAAUAGUAAAUAGUGGCAAUCAUUCACUCGCUAUAGUACAUUUGAAUUGUAAAAUAUUAACGUGGCUUACUAAAUGCAAUAUUUGACAGCUGCGUUCUUGUCCCUUUUUAUCAGACUUCAACAAAAGGUGAGGUUCUCAAUUCGGUUGGUAUGUUUUUGACACAAUGACUUUAUUGCUCAGAUCAUAGAAGGGAAUAGAUGUGAAACGGGGGCGUGGCGCGUGUCUCCGCGAUAUGCCCAGAAACGAACAUCGGCCGCGUAGCUAGGUUAGUCGCGAUUCAGUCGUACUAAGGAAAUGUUCUCCGAUAUUUUGGAUAAUGCGUCGUUACGUGCAAUAAAACAAGUGAAACGAAGAACUACAGGAACAAUGGAGUCAUUUACUACAUGUAAGUAUUGCAAAUCCAUUGGUAUUUUGCUUAUAAAUAAAAAAAACUAAACAUUUUUACGAACGAAUUCAGUGCCGUAACAGUUACUGCGAUAUCGAAAUCAGCUAACACACUUGUACAUUGACGAUUUAGUUAGCAACCACUUUAUGUCAUGCUCAACUACUGCGCAAUGUAUUUAAUUUCUUCCGAUAUCCACUGUCGUGUGACAGACAAUACAUAGUACGGCCGCAUGUGCCGGUCGUAACAUAGUGCCGUGCUCGUGUUCUAAUGCGGUUUCCUAUUAUCGAUAAAUAGAAGUAAAUUAUAAUUUUCUAUUUUGUAAUUUUAAAUAAAAAAAUGAUGUGUUACUUGCGAUUAUAAGAUUUUACAAAAAAAAUAAUAACAGUAGAAGUAAUUAGUAACUGUCAACUAUGUAAUUACUAUAAGAGCUAGUGAAAGCCUAAUAUAGGCAUUAUUUUUGAUAAACAUGUGCGGUACACAGAUCGCCAUAAUUAAAAAGUAAAUGCGUGAUAGUAGUUAAUAAUAACGUAUAAUAAUAAAAAGGUUUUCAUACAAUAAGCAUUUUGUGAAAUAAGUUUCGAGCCUUGCCCCUAGCGAUUUAUAGUAUCGAUAUUUUGUCGACUCCAUUUUAUCUUUGUUCUCUCACUAGUUUUCAAAGUGUGCGUCACGUCACGCGGCCAUUGAUUGGCCAUAAGGCAUGCCUUCUCGCCAAUCACAGCACUUUUAAGCCGGUUGCACAUGUUGUCGUAGACUCUCAGUCGCUUUGUUUUUACACAGUUGAAUGUGUGUGUGGGAGCUAUGGUGGGGGAAAUGUGGGGACACUGGUUCUCGUUGUAGUUACGCGCGACUUCAUAUCUAUUCUCUUUCUAUGAUCUGAGCUUUAUUGUCACCAAGUACUUACUUGUUUUGUCACAAUGAUGCUGAGAAAAGGUUUCUCAUAAUAUACCCUUGUGAUUAUAGUCAGUGGGAUGAUUGCUCUGAUAAUCUUGUUUUAGAAAUACCAAAUAGGGGUUAAAUUGAAGUAUGAACUUCCGACUUUUUCUUCAAUAUUCAUUACUAGGUAUAUAAUUUCUUUAAUACAAUAGGUAUGUUCUAUAUUAUUUUUUAAUUUCAAACUUAAUUCAAGGACAUAAUUAUACAUUUACAUAUAAAAUUUUAUGCCUAAUUUUUAGGAAGCAAAAGAGUAUGUAUACCGAUUUUAUUUUUUAUUAGGUACGAUUGAUAUAUAAUAUACUUAUGUAUAUUUUAUCUUUAAGAUUAUGACUAUAUAAAAUUUUAAAUCUAUCUUUUGUAUUAUUGUGUUGUGAUCCGCGGGACCGCGCGUCGUAAAGAUAUUGUGUUCCUUUUCGGCACCAUUAUUUCUCUAACAGUUUCUAGAAUCUUGUUUAUCAAUUACCAUUACUUGCAAUUUUAAUUGUUUAUUGCUAAUUGAAAUUAUGUGACUGCUAGGGUCAGCAUUUAAUUGGUGUUUAUAAAUUUUAAAGUGAAUAAGGGAUCGCAGAGGCAAGAAAGUGAACUGAGCUGGUUGCUUCUUAUUUAUUAUUUCUUAUACCGGGAGGAGUGUGGCGUGCCCUAAAAUUAUUUCUCGUAUUAUUUUACAGUUCUUAAUUAUACCUUAUUCUAAAAGGAGUGUGUGUGAUCCUAAAUAAUGUUUCUCAUAUUUAAACUAAACUUCGUCAUUGUAAAUAUAGUUUUUAUAUGUGAUCAAUUUCGACUUUUCUAGUGUUUGUUAAUUUUGCAAUCGGGAGUGCAGUAAGUUUCAAAAGCGGUAAAUGUAAAAUUUAAUCGAUAUUGUUGUAUAGUUGUUUAAUGUAUAGAUAGAUAUCUAGGAUAGUUACGAAUAAAAUUUGCCACAUAAUGAUCACUUAUCAUACCAUACUAAAUUAUAUGAACUAUUAAACGGCA